UGCUUACAAUAUUAUCGAUAAUGCUAUCGCUGUGUUUCCCAUCUCAAAGCGACAUGAAUUAUUUUUGUAUUUACAAAAUUGUUGGAGAAGCGUAGAAAUAUUAAAGAUGCCGAAGCUGGCGAAGAAAGGAAAGGACUCUGCUUUAACAAUGAAGAUUUCUGCUGUGGAACGCAAGCAGAAAGAAGUGAACCGCGUGCUAAAGUUGAAGAGUGAAAUUUUGCUGAAAUCGGAGGUCUCCUAUUUGGAAUAUAUUGAAAUGCGAUCAGAAAUGGAGCGCCUGAAAGCGUUAAAGGACACAUUUGAGCGGCGCAUGCAUAAAUUAAAACAGCAAGCCAAUUAGUUACAAAUCAUAUUUUAUGUGUGCUGAACUUAGAAUUAAGAUUCGAUGUAAGAAAUACAAAUUUUAGACUGUUGGAAAUGUGCUCCACAUA